AUGAUCCGGUUACCGUUCAACGCAGCUCUGUUGCUGGUCUUGCUGCUGGCCGGGCCCGCGGUCACGUCCUCCGUGGACGGCAACGGCGUUGACGAUGGCGAAGAAAACCCGUUCCUGGAAGCAGCCAAGUCGCUGCUGCAAGACUCGCUGGCCAGCGGACAGGGCGGCGGUGCUGGCGGUGGCUUGGGCUCCAUGCUCCAGUCUUUCAUGCAGACGGAGGGCGCCAAGUCCGGGCUGGGAUCGAUCGUUUCCGGUCUGGCGGCGGCCAAGGGUUCCGUCGACCCACAGGUGAUCGGCCAGCUCGUCGGCAUGUUCGCCGGUGCAGGCUCCGCUGCGGACAAGUCGUCGUCCGGCAACGACGACGGGCCCGGCGUGGACUGGAGUUCAAUGAUCGACUUGGCUUCCGGGUUCAUGUCGUCGACGGCUGGCGCGGGCGGCCUCCAGGGUUCGUCGAUCGAGGGUUUCAUGAACGUACUUCCGGUGUUGGUGAACGCGUUCAGUGGCGGUCACAAGCAUUCCGACGAUCCGGAAGUGGAGGAUUUCGAAGAGCACGAGCGGCAUGCCAGGGCCUCGACCUUCCUGCCUCCGUUUCUGAGCAGCGCGUACGUGUACUGGGAACACUUCAAAAACAGUGAGCUGGGCACCACCCUGUGGAAGAACAGCGGCCUGGGCAGCAUCCUGAAGCUGUUCAUCGACAAGGACGGUCAUUUCCAGGUUGACAAGAUAUUCGAGUCGAUGGAGAACUCCACGUUCAGAAGGCGGUGGGUCAGGAGUCUGACCAGCUUCGUCGCCGAAUGGAUGAAACACGUAUCGGACCCGAACACACAGGCCAGAUAUUUGUCGACUACACAAUUCAUAAUGAAUGGAUUCUUAAAGUCACAAGGUUAUUCUAAAGCGGCCCAGUUCGAUUCAGCACGACCAGCAGAAUCGCUGAGCUUCCUAGCCGACGCGGUGUUUAAACGACAGUUUGGACUCAAAGUCAAUUCCGCUACAUACAUCAAACCAGCGAUAGCAUAUUUACAAGAUGUGUUUAGGUUGGGUCAAAGCAAAGGAUUGAGCUUGCAGCAUUUAACGUCCAAGGAAAUCGAAGAGAAGCUAUCGGAGCUGUUGAACCACGAGUUGAUUGACCCGAUACUCAGGGUGUGGAGGGUGUACAGGUUCGUGGGCAAGAAACCAGAAUGUGAUCGUUACUUGGUGUGCAGCAUCAAUCGCAAAGGCCAAUAUCCAGAUAGCAAAACAGGACUCAAACCAGGAGUCACAAAACUGUCCAGUUUAAUCGCUUCAUGGUUCCUGUCCGGACAAACGGGAACGCCGUUCUGGAAACUUUACAACGCCGCAACCGAAGACCACAAUUGUUCGACUAAAUAUUCGGCCAAAUGUCAAGAAUUCCACGAAGAAGAUUUGAAAGCUACGACUGAAUAUUUCCACAACGAACUCUAA